AUGGAUGCCUUCGAGCCGGCCUUGAGUGAAGAGGCCACUGAACCGGGAAGUUGUGGUGAACAAAGCAGGCCGCGUCAGUCGGCCCGUGAAGACCGGAGCCCUCAUGCAGCCAAUCAUGCCCUCAGAGCAAACACACACGCGUACAGGCGCACACGCCCACAUGCCAGUGGCCCGCCAGCCUCGGCUGAGCACCGGAUCAAUUCGGCCUGGAAUGAAGGGGCCAGGAGACUGUACUUGGGCGCAGGCGGCGGCCGACACGGACCGGAUAGACGGGCAGUUGAGGCAGCCAAUGGCAAGCCGCCUGUCGGCUGCCCC